UUGGUUUCUAAUUUUCUCCAUGCAUAAAAUUUGCAUUCAGAACAAGAUGGAACACUCACAAACUCAUUCUAGCCAGAUUUUGUUUACAUUUUUCCUUUUUUUACGGUGGACCACAUGUCUGCAAUCUGCAACACUAUCCACUUCUGGAAAUGAAUCUGAUCGCCUGGCAUUGCUAGACUUCAAGAAAAGAAUAACUCAAGAUCCUCUCUAUAUCAUGAGCUCAUGGAACGAUUCCAUUGAUCUCUGCAGUUGGGUAGGCGUUACGUGCAACCCUGCCACGAAAAGGGUCAUGGUUUUGAACCUGGAAGCUCAAAAAUUGGUAGGCUCCUUAUCUCCUUCUUUGGGAAAUCUUACUUUUCUUACUGGAAUCAACCUGAGAAACAACAGCUUUCAUGGUGAAAUUCCUCAAGAAAUCGGUCGCCUACUGAGCCUGCAACAUCUCAACCUGUCUUCCAAUUCCUUUGGUGGGAAAAUUCCAUUUAAUAUAUCUCACUGUAUGCAACUAACCGUACUCGAUCUUACUUCUAAUAAGCUUUUUGGGUCAAUUCCUAACCAACUCAGUUCAUUGUUGAAUUUAGUUAGUCUAGGUCUUGGUCGUAACAAUCUCACCGGAACUAUCCCACAUUGGAUAGGAAACUUUUCGUCUUUGGAAAUCUUUGUGCUUGCUGCCAACAAUUUUCAAGGAAGCAUACCCAAUGAACUUGGGCGUCUAACAAACUUGAGAAGAUUUAUAGUCUGGGAUAAUAAUCUGUCUGGUAUGAUCCCUACUUCACUCUAUAAUAUUUCAUCCAUAUACUACUUCGCUGUUACUACAAACCAGCUGCAUGGAGAGCUACCACCUAAUGUGGGAAUUACUCUUCCUAAUCUUGAAGUAUUUGCCGGUGGGGUCAACAAGUUCACUGGAACUGUUCCUCUGUCAUUGUCCAAUGCUUCGAGACUUCAAGUGCUUGAUUUUGCUGAAAAUGGUCUCACCGGGCCAAUCCCCGCUGAAAAUCUUGCAACUUUGCAGAGCUUAGUUAGACUCAACUUUGGUCAAAAUAGACUAGGAAGUGGGAAAGCUGGUGACCUGAAUUUUCUCAGCUUCCCAGCUAAUUGUACUAGUCUUGAGGUGUUGGGUCUUAAUGAUAAUCAUUUUGGAGGAGAAUUGCCAGCAUCAAUCGCCAACCUUUCUACCCAACUAAAAAGGCUUAAUUUGGGGACCAAUUUGAUACAUGGAAGCAUCCCUAACGGCAUUGGAAAUCUUAUAAACUUUACCUUUCUGGGAGUGGCCGAAAACUAUUUGGGUGGUAGUGUCCCUGAUGUAAUCGGGAAACUUCAGAAGUUACAGGGUGUUGAGUUGUUUGCUAACCAAUUUUCUGGGCCGAUUCCGUCCUCCCUAGGUAACUUGACUUCAUUGACAAGGCUCUUCAUGGAAGAGAAUACGUUUGGGGGAAGUAUACCACCAAGUUUCGGGAACUGCAAAAAUCUACAGAUACUUAACCUUUCAAGUAACAAUCUAAAUGGCACCAUUCCUAAAGAGGUUAUUGGGCUUUCAUCCCUUUCAAUUUCUUUGUCCAUAUCUAACAAUUUUUUGACCGGUUCACUACCAUCUGAAGUGGGUGAUCUGAAAAAUAUUGGGGAGUUAGAUAUUUCGGAAAACAAGUUAUCAGGUGAAAUCCCAGCAACCCUCAGCAGUUGUAUUAGUUUGGAGCGUCUUCAUUUGCAAGGUAAUAAACUUGAAGGAUCAAUUCCCCUAACAUUAGAAAUGUUAAGAGGCUUGGAAGAAAUAGACAUUUCGCGUAAUAACUUAUCAGGGAAAAUUCCCAAGUUUCUAGGAAAUCUUGGAUCUCUUAAGCAUCUCAAUAUUUCUCAUAACAAUUUUGAGGGUGAAUUGCCUAGAGAAGGGAUCUUUUCAAAUGUAAGUGGUGUCUCAAUCCUUGGAAAUAAUAGGCUAUGUGGUGGAAUUCCAGAAUUCCUUCUUCCUGCAUGCUCUAGCAAAAAGCGCCAUUCACCUCGAGGAUUACUUGCCCCAAAAGUAUUCAUCCCUAUAACUUGUGCACUAGCAUUUUUAAUUGCUCUGUCAUGCUCCUUUGCUGCUUGUUCAUAUGUGAAAAAGUCAAGAGAUAGACCAGUCACUUCGCAUUCUUAUACGGAUUGGAAAUCAGGUGUUUCUUACUCUCAACUCCUUCAAGCAACUGAUGGGUUCUCUGUGGACAAUCUGAUUGGCUCGGGAAGUUUCGGUUCUGUUUACAAAGGAGUACUCCCUACUGAUGGAACGGUAGUUGCUGUUAAGGUAUUAAACCUUCAACAAGAAGGAGCUUCCAAGAGUUUUGUUUACACCCGAAAUAAACAGCCAAUAAGGUUUGGCGCCGUCUGUGGGAACUCGAUAAAAUCGACCCUUUAUCCCGAACAUAUGGGGACCACUGAAAAAACUACGUUCGUACCACGAGAGGGGAUGCCGUUCGGCAUGCCAAGCGGGGUUAGCCCUGCGCCAGCCCCCUACACACCGGCAACUAAUCCCCCUGUAACCCAAGCCACCGAAAACGCGGAGCUUUUAGCCCAAGUCGUGUCCCUUCGGCAUGACAUGGCUAGGAUGCAAGAACACAAUAAUCUUCUCUCGACCAGAGUGGAAGAAACGCAACUGCUGUUAAACCAGCAGCAAACGCAGAACAUGCCGACAGAUCGAUCGUCCGAAAGCCUACAGACUCCUCGUCGGCAGAAGAAGGGCAAGAAGGUGGCAAAGGCAACGCCUGCGCCGUCUAAACAAUUGGUGGUCCCGGCACCCAAAAAUAAGCCCCAUGUACCGAAGAAGGUCUACUCCGAUUGCCGACACCGGCUGCUAGAGCGAGAAGUCGAACGGCAUUCCGAACGGCAGCAAUCGCCGAUCAGGAUCAACGCCCGCUUGGACGACCCCCGACUGAAGAACAUGGGGAGGAAGUCUCCGAUACGGAGGAUACAAGUCCUAGAAUCCACGGCAGAGUCUGACCAUGAGUACACUCCUUCCACCAACCGGUCAUCUCCCUACCGUUCGGCAACCCCGACGAAGUUCUCGGAGGUCAAUCCUGCUAGAUCCCAGCAGCGAUCGGCACACCAGAUUGCAGAGGAGAUACCGGACAGGGACCCUGUCAUUCGCCUCCUCCUUCAAAGGGUACAGAAGAUGGAGGACGAUCGGACUCGUUCACAGGAGCCAGACUGGGGAAGGCUUCGGCCAGGACCCUUCACCGAGCGCAUAAGGCACUCACGGCAGGAUAGGGAUGUGCAGCCCCUCCGCAUCACCCCCUACACAGGGGUGGAGGAUCCACUGACGCACCUUCAUUCUUUUCAAUCGGCAAGAGAUGACGAACCAUUGCGUGAGUAUGCCGCACGGUUCAGCCAUGAAUACUCGAGAUGUCCGAAUACCGAUGACAGGGCAGCCUACGACGCCUUCAAGAGUGGCCUACGGUCCUCACACUUUCGGUAUCUGGUACACAGCAGCAAUUGGCGUACGUAUGAUGAACUCAUGAAGCAAGCGGCAAUCCACGCCAAGGCUGAAUACUUCAACUCGAGGGCCGAGCCCACGUCUCGGCAGAGCGAACCCGUACAGCGUCCCUCCACGGCACAGGCAUCGCCGUACGCACCAGCAACCCAAACUGCUGCGUACUCUGAAAGUCACAAACGCAAAGAUGCCGGAAGCUCCCAAAAGGGGCAUUCCAAGAAAAACAAGAGCAGGUACGGCAGGGACAACUACCGAGCCCCACUAACGGCACAUAACCAGGGGACAGAGGUGUUCACCCUGCUCAACACCUCCUACGAGGCAGUGUUGCUGAACGAAAACGAGAUAAUCCCGAAGUCAUCGUUCAGAAAGCCCAACCAGCAAGACGGCAGGGACACAGGGAAAUUCUGUCGAUACCAUCAGCAGAAUAGCCACAAUACCGAGGACUGCAUGAGUUUGCGAAAAAUCGUUGAACGGUUAAUUCGGGAAGGCAAACUGGACCAAUACAUAGCCAGGCCCCAGCAGGCGCCAGUCCCGAACGCUAAUCGGCAGAUCAACAUGAUCAGCACGAUUAGCGGAGGCCUAACCCUUGCCGGAGCAUCUAACCGGUCGAUAAAGCAGUAUGUCAGGGCGGCACAGUACCCCCAAGUCCUCGGCAUUGAAAGCAGCCGGCACACAAAGAUGCCGAAGGUCAGGUGGGAACCCAUCACCUUCUCCGAAGAAGAAGAGGAAGGGAUCAUCUACCCACACAACGACCCUAUGAUCAUCCGAGCCGACAUUGCCGAGUUCGAUGUCGGACGAAUCCUGAUCGACAAUGGGAGUUCGGUAAACGUCAUCUUUGCCGAUGCAUUCAAAGAACUCGGGAUAGAUGACAGCCAGGUCAAUCGGCAACUCUCGCCUCUCCUAAGCUUUUCGGGAGACUUGGUCCAGCCCAUCGGCAGUGUCAGUCUGCCAAUUUCUUUUGGCACAGCCCCACGAAGGACUAUGGUCUACGACCAGUUCCUUGUGGUGGACUGUCCUACGGCAUACAACGUUAUUGUCGGCCGAACGGCGCUCACGCCUUCUUCUGAGUGA